AUCGCUAAAGGACGACGGUCCGUUACUUUAUACAACGGCGGGAUUUAAUCAGGAAUACUGUGGCCUGCCUGGAAGCAGACUUCGUCCUUUCUUUGCCCACCAACUUACAUACCUUUGUAUACUCGCACUGUCCAUCGCCUGGCUAAUGUUCUAAAUUUCUUGCCUUGCUUGAAGUCUUAAGCUCCUUUGAGGUCAGCCGGUCACUGCAGGAGUCGACAGACGAUUCUUGUCACGUUUUAUCAUAUUCCGCGCGCUUUGCCCUUACGACCUUAUAAACUUUAACCCACCCCGAUAAUGCACAACAUGUCUGGAAACCACGUCAUCGGAAACAGGAAUAGUACUCCCGAGGCUAACAACACCUCAACUUUGCGACCACCUUCUUCGAGAGCUAUUGGCUCCGGACACUCACUUCGCGCCUCAGCCGACAUGGCAUCACUCACUGGCCCUUCUCCGUCCAACCGCAUUCGACCGUCUUCAGACUUUUACGGUCAGGCUCAGCAGAAUCUUGGCCCGAACAAUGCCGAGUCAGACUCUCAGGACAAGAUUGCUCAGCAAUGGAUUGCCGACAUCGAUCAGUACGAGACGACACUGGAGGAGAUGGCUGCCGCGACCCUCGAUCAGGAUUUCAAGGACGAGCUCAGCGCCAUCGAGCAAUGGUUCCGUGUCCUGAGCGAGGCUGAGCGUACUGCUGCCCUGUAUGCUUUGCUGCAACAGACAACCCAAGUCCAAAUUCGCUUCUUCAUUCAGGUGCUUCAACAGAUGGGUAAGAAUCAUCCGCUAUCAGGGGUCCUCUCUCCUGCUAGUUUCGACAAAGAUCCCAUGUCCAACCGUCUUAGUGAUGCUAUGAACAAACUGAAUGUCGACUCUGCCCGGAACUCCAUGGCGCGGAGCUCGGUCAUCGCCCCAUCAACCAAACGACACUCCGGACUCGAUCCCACAACCAUCAGUGCCAUGUUCCCCGACGCCGCAGCUGCUAUCGCGACCGAGAAGGCCAAAUUCACCCAGCAGACUGGAAACCCACCUUCAUCGAACCGCAACAGCAUCGCUCUGGAUCAUCGAUCAUCCAUGGCCGCCCCUUCCAUCAGUGCGCCUCAGGAUGGUCGUGAUGCCGGGCCUGCUGGUUCAUCGCCUUGGAAUAGUGGCGGGAACGGAGACACCUCUGCCAAGCCAUCAUCUAGCCAGACACCAAUGGGCCAAUUCGUGCAGCCGACACCUUCAGGUGGUCUUCGAUCACCCCGUCCCCAGUUGUCGAGCAACAAUACGAUCCAGCAAACAACACUCAAUGCCCCUGAUAAAACCCCUGCAGAUCUGCCUUUGCUGUCACCCUACAAUGCUGGCAGCGGUAACUGGGCUUCUAUGGUCAACACACCAAUGACCAGUACUUUCAAUGCAGCUGCCACUGGUGGUAAUCAAGCUGACAUGGUUGCUAAUGCCACAGCCAUGAAGCUUGCGGCCCUGUCGACAGUCAACAACCGGUUCGCACUUGAUGAUGUACGAAAGUAUCGUCGUGCUAGAUCCAAUGACGGAACACCGGGUCAGAACCCUGUGCCUACUGGUCCCCAGCCUGGCAUCAAUAUGCCGAAUGCUAAUGUGGUCAUGAUUAACGAGCAUGGACAAGUACUCAGCCGGGAGCAGAUCAUGGCUCUUCAAGCGCAGCAGAGCCUCGGUAUGGGUGGCCAGCGUUCUCGUCCUAGCUCUCCUGGGCUCGCCAUGCAACCUGGCCUUGCUCACAUGGCCCCUUUUACCUCACCGCAAAACAAUGGCUUCCUCAGCGCAUAUGAUGUGUCGUCGCCACUGUUGAGCGCUGGCAUGCAAUCUGUCAACAUGGGUAGCCUUGGUAUGGGAGGUCAUGAGGGUUAUCUGUCAGACCAUUCUGACAUGGUCCGUGGACGAUCUCCCCGUGGGCGUCGGGGCAGCUCGAAGCCUCCGGAGGAUCCUACCGACCCAACCCUUCUACAGGACAUCCCUAGCUGGCUGCGAAGUCUUCGUCUUCACAAAUACACCGACAAUCUCAAGGACAUGAAGUGGACGGAUCUCAUUGAGCUAGACGACAAGGCUCUUGAGGAGCGCGGCGUGAACGCUCUCGGUGCGCGCCGAAAGAUGCUCAAGGUCUUCGAGCAGGUCAAGGAAGCCAAAGCCGAUGGAAAACUGGGCUAGAAACACCGUGACCGGGCAUGCACACAUAGAGACCUUCAAAAGUGGAUUGUGGGGUGGUUUGUUUUCUUUCAGAUGGUGCUGUAUUUCCUUCAAGUUUGUGGCUUGUUCGUCUUUGUAAUUCAGGGAGAUGAACGUCAACCUGUGCAACUUGGACCAAUAGUCGAGCGCGAGAACGACGAGUUAUCGCGACGUGAUGAGUUGAUAGUAACGUCUUGUGUCUUAUUUGCAAUAUACUG